GGAGAGGGGCAUUAUUGUGGGGUCGCAUUGUGGCCAAGCGAGUACAACUGGGGCCCUGGGCGAAUGAGGAGUUGAGCGUCUUGAGCUUUGCGCCAGCCAUCGCUGAAACUGAAAAGAGCUUUGGAGCGAUCCCCCAGCGCUGCGGAGCGGAGCGAGGCCUGGCGACGCGACGGGCUGGGUAGAAAGAGCGCGAGCCCGGCUGAGAUUGCGUUUCGAUCGAAGCGGUGCUCUUGCUUUCGGUUGGGUUUGCAUUUUGCUUCGUGUUGAAGGGAUCCGCCCUCGGGAUCUCGGACGGAACGUGAAAUCAACCAAACGCGGGUCACUGGAGGAGCACUUCGACGGGAGAGGAGCGGAAGAAGCUCGAUCGCUAGUCACCUGUUGGUUUGCUUGUUUCGCUACACGAGCAUCUUGCCGAAAUGACGGUCUCUCUGUGGACGCUCGUUGUCCAGCUUCACACUUUUGCCGGGCCUAUUCUCAUGCUCGUCUACCCAUUGUAUGCGUCUAUCAUGGCCAUCGAGAGCCCUUUUAAGGAGGAUGAUACCCAGUGGCUUACAUAUUGGGUCCUGUACUCAUUCUUCUCCUUGAUCGAGCUCGGUUUUGAUCGAGUGCUCGCUUGGAUUCCAAUGUGGUAUACCGUGAAGUUGGCGUGCAUCGCUUGGCUUGUCCUCCCUCAGUUCCGUGGAGCUGCGUAUGUUUAUGAUAAUUACGUCAGAAAGCACAUCGGUGCCACUGCCGCUCAGGUAGAAGCGAAGUUGACACCACAACAACGCCACUUUUUGCAGAUGAUGAGUCCCCAAGCGAGAAACUCAGUGGCGCAGUUCAUCAAUGAGAAUGGAACGGAAGCUUUUGACAAGAUUAUUUCGUCUGCAACUAAUGAAGCGAAGAAGAUCAGGCCUACCCCUAAUGGAGAGACGCAAGAAAGAUAUUAGAUUUGGAGUCGUUGGAAGUUGAGAUUAGUGGAUGAUCAGGGUAGUGUCGGAGGUGGCACAUGGCUCAUGGAUUUUGUCGUACUAUCAAAUACUGUAGAAGGAUUGGUUAAAUCCACUUAUACCAGGUACACAUAGGUCUGUUAAUCAACACGUAGGGAAUCGUGAAUUGUAGUGCGGAAAGUUAAAUAUCCAGAGCGUAAUUCCCCGUCUAUCCAGGUUAAGCGCCGACAUGGUUGUGUGAUCAACUCUGUCGUAUGACCAGUGGAUUGAAGGCACAAGUUGGGACUCUUGUCCAGAUAAAAGCUGGUGUUGAGUAGUUUUCUGACGAGACGUAGAAACAGUAGUACAUUCAUUUUUGUCUGUAGAAAUUACAGAUAUGUACAAACCUGGAGUUUACUCGGCGGAUGGUAUGAUUACUACCUUUGAUAUUUCAACAAUUACGCGUCUACCACCGUGUUGAAAUACUGUAUAAAAGAAAUUCUCGAAACUUCUGAUGAUAUUAAGCGUCAGAAAUAUCAAUUAUUAUUUAUUUUUGUGCAACAAUGCAUGUCACAUAUGCGCAUAUAU